AGGGUAACACAGUAAUUAUACAUUGGAGUGCAUAACAAAACCCUUGUCAUCAAGCUAACCCCAAUUUCUCCCUGGCUUCGCUUUUAAUUUUUAGCUCUGCUCACUGGUACUGCUCAUCACAUCUGCCCUUCUCUUCUAUCUCUUCAAGAAAAUUUAAUAUCACAAGAUGAAUAGAGAGAAGCUCAUGAAGAUGGCUGGUUCUGUUCGAACUGGUGGCAAGGGAACCAUGAGAAGAAAGAAGAAGGCAGUGCACAAGUCAUCAACAACUGAUGACAAGAAGUUGCAAAGCACCUUGAAGAGAAUUGGGGUUAAUGCAAUUCCAGCUAUUGAAGAAGUGAACAUCUUUAAGGAUGAUUUGGUUAUUCAGUUUGUUAACCCUAAAGUCCAAGCCUCUAUUGUUGCCAACACAUGGGUUAUUACAGGCACUCCUCAAACCAGAAAACUACAAGAUAUUCUUCCAGGGAUUAUCAACCAACUUGGGCCAGAUAACUUGGACAACCUUAGGAAGUUGGCGGAGCAGUUUCAAAAGGAGGUGCCAUCUGGUGAUGCAGGAGCAGCACAAGAAGAUGACGAUGAUGUCCCAGAGCUUGUGGGCGGUGAGACUUUUGAAGCUGCUGCAGAAGAGGGACAGAAGUAAUAGUGCUUUAAGUGAUCUUUUUAUUUUCCGUGUACUGGAUUGACUUCUACCCGGGCUCCUGCAUAUUCCAGCUCUUACCCAAGGGUUGCUCCUUUCCUGAUGGUAAUUUUUACAGUUUUUGUAGUGUUUCAUGAACAGCUUCUUGCGACAAACAGGAAAACAUGUUAUGAAACCAGAUGAUGCUGAUGUCUGAGAUCUAUUUCAAGAAAUUUCAAAUCUUUGGUUCAUGUUA